UCUUGGCACAGCUGUGGCAAUGCCUGGAUGGAGGUAGGGCCAGGGCAGCAGUGCCCUCCUAGAUCCUCCCAACAUGCAGCCUGGGGGUCUCAGCCUGGCCUAACCCUACUUCCAGGGACUCUGUCCCCAGUAACCACAACGAUGGCCAGUUUGUGGAGGCUUUCUCUGCCUAGCUGUCUCUUCUCCCUGCUUCUCCUCCUCCAGCUGCCCUCCAGCUAUGCAGGACAGUUCAGAGUGAUAGGACCGGCGCAUCCCAUCCGGGCUUUGGUUGGGGACGAAGCAGAACUGCCGUGCCGCAUAUCUCCCGGGAAGAAUGCCACGGGCAUGGAGGUGGGGUGGUACCGCCCUCCGUUCUCUAGAGUGGUUCACCUCUACCGAAACGGCAAAGACCAAGACGCAGAGCAGGCACCUGAAUACAGGGGACGCACAGAACUUCUGAAAGAUAACAUCGGCGAGGGAAAGGUUACUCUCAGGAUCCAGAAGGUGAGGUUUUCGGACGAAGGAGGCUUCACCUGCUUCUUCAGAGACCACUCUUACCAAGAGGAGGCCGCAAUGGAGUUGAAAGUGGAAGAUCCCUUCUACUGGAUCAACCCUGGGGUCCUGGUGCUGAUCGCACUUCUGCCUGCACUCCUCCUGCAGAUCUCUGUGGGCAUCGUCUUCCUCUUUCUGCAGCACAGACUCAGAGGAAAACUUCGAGCAGAAGUUGAGAACCUCCAUCGGACUUUUGAUCCUCACUUCCUGAGGGUGCCCUGCUGGAAGGUAACACUGUUUGUUAUUGUACCUGUUCUUGGACCUCUGGUUGCCUUGAUCAUCUGCUACAACUGGCUGCACCGAAGACUAGCAGGACAGUUUCUCGAAGAGCUAAGAAACCCCUUUUGAGUGAUGGUGCCACUUCCUGGAAUGAAGGGGAGCCUGGCAGGCCAAGAGACAGGUCGUUGGGGACAUCUCUCAUUAGCCUCUGGGCUACAGGCACCUUCCAAUCUACAGAAACACCCUGGAUUCCAAAUAGAAUUUGAUUUCCCUUCUUCAACUAUUUCCCUUUCCUCAGCUCCUUCCUUCCUCUAAUUUUUGCCUCCCUCAUCUUUUUGCCCCUAUCUCAGUCUUCCUCCAGGAAGCACCCACAGCUAAGGGCAGGCAGUCUGUCAGAAGACACCUGUGUAUCAGAGUAAUGCAGGAGUGAUUCUGUCAAAUAGAAUACCAGCACCUCUACAUUCUACAUUACAAACUACAGAACACCAGCUGAACAAAUGGUGGAUGUUUCUCCCAAGACUGCAGCCUUGUCUAGGAAGAGCAGCAAUGUAGAUAGUAGGGGGCAAGGACAGAAGAACUCACAAUAUUGGGGAAGCUAAGAGAGACAGAGUAUGAAUAUGGAGCCUGAACCCACACCCACAGAUGGGAUCUAAAGAACUCUGAGAAGAACACCAUCCUGCUUGGGCAGCCUGUGGAAAGGAGGACCUUAGGAAACAAGGGUUGAGAAUGGGGUGCCCUGUCUUUUCCCUUCUGCUUCCCUUAGCGUCCUUUAUACUCCCUGCCUCUAUUUUCUCCCAUCUUCAUUCCUCUCAGAACAUGCACUGUUUAUUCAGCAAUUACUACUUGAUGGUCUACCAGACACAAACAAGCUAGGUGCUAAUUAAUAAUACAAGUUUACUGUGCACACUUCUUUUCCUUUCCUUGUUGAGUCUUUUGUCACCCACUUAACUCUCCUAUCCAAACCUCCUGAG